AUGUGUGUUGACUUCACCAACCUCAAUAAGGCAUGCCCCAAAGAUAACUUUCCUUUACCAAGAAUCAACCAGCUGGUUGACUGUGUUGACUUCACCAACCUCAAUAAGGCAUGCCCCAAAGAUAACUUUCCUUUACCAAGAAUCAACCAGCUGGUUGACGCUACGACAAAGCACGAGUUGUUGAGUUUCAUGGAUGCCUAUUCAGGGUAUAACCAAAUCCAGAUGCACCCAGCCGACCAAGAGAGCACAUCCUUUAUCACCGAUUAG